GUACAACGGCGAGACAUGCACCGCCGGCUGCGUGGCACCCUUUGAGGGUGGCCCGGUGAACCUGACCUGCAAUCCGCUUUCUGCGCAGUUGGAGGGCCCUUUGCUGGAGUGCAAGGAGAAGAUGUGCGAGGUUGCACAGCUUCCAUCGAACUACAGCACUGCUGGCUGCGCAGAGAGGAAGGUGGGCGAGUACUGUACUGUGGCAUGCCCUGCAGGCUACACGGGUCAGGACGCACUGUUCGAGUGUCAGGCAGAUGGCACGUUCGGCGGCAGUCUCCCAGCCUGCCAGCGAACACCUUGCAUGCCAGGGGGCUUGCCUGUGUUGCCUGGGCUGAACGUCAGCAGCUGCAUGUAUCUCUACGCAGGUGAGGCAUGCACCGUCACCUGUGCCCUGGGCUACGAAGGCACUGCGUCCACUUACCAAUGCGACAUGGCGGGGGACUUUGCCGGGACAGCGCCAACCUGCAGUCCCAAGAGUUGCGAUGUCCCAGCCGAGUUCUUCACGAGCGUGAGGUACAACACCACUUGUGCGGGUGUAACUCAUGGGCAGAGCUGCAUGACCAAAUGCAACCAAGGCUAUUCCGGCCUACCCACGCAGCAGCAGUGCUUCAAUGGGAUCUUCAGCGGCACCACGCCCACUUGCGCAGGGAACCCGUGCUCCUUUGAAGGUUUCGCAUUGGGCAAGGGUGUCAAUGCCUCGACCUGUUUCGGACUUGUGACACAAGAGACGUGCACGCUCAGCUGCUUGCGCGGUCACACGAUUGAAGGUAACAGCUUGACCUUGACGUGCCAAGCCAGCGGUGAGUUCACAGCCACCGAUGCCGUCUGUGUGCCCGCGCAGUGCGGGAACAUCUCCACCGUCUCCCCGUUUGAUAAUGCCUCCGUUGCCGACUCCUGCAAUGAGGGAGGCAGCUUUCUACAGUUUGGCGAGGUGUGCUUCGCCUUCUGCGAGCAGGGGUAUAGUCUCGAUAGCAAUGCCACACUCCUUCAGUGCGAGGAGGCUCCCAUGAGCAGCGCAGGCUUUAUGGUCCUGGAAGGACCGCGACUGCAAGUGUAG